CACGUGAUGCCCCACAUGUGUUGGUAUGUCCCGGAUCUUACGUACCCAACGAACCGGCACGACCACUCGUGGACAACAGCCAGGUAAACACAACAACAGAAGUGCCUGGCAAGGGGAUCGUUUACAAACAGAAAAAGGCUUCCCCAGUACGUUCACACGGUGCUACAAAUUUGUAUUCACGUGUGAGGCACUGACUGUAGUCUGACCUAAAACAUGUGGUUUUUGUAUACUGUAGUUUGUUGAGACAGGGCCAGAGUCAGGGACCGUUGCAGAUCUAUGCGUCAUCAGGGAUGGAGAGAUGCCUAUCUAUUGUGGCAUGGACUAGCUUAAUAUGACCUAAUAUGGCUUACUUAACUGAUAAGAUGGGAUGCACCAUAUCUAAGAAUGGCGUCCGCGCAGAUUCUUGUGACUACUUCAGAAAGAAGGGAAUCGUUUAUAAUCAUGUUACGCGUUACAAAAAUGCAGUCAAAGAUGUCAAAGCUUUCCGAUAUUAGCUUGAAUACGAUAUAAGCCUUUUAGUAACGCGUAGAAGGCGACUCUUAACUUUUGGGGCGUUCCCGAACGGCAAACAAUGUAGCUGACCCGGAAUCAGCUGAUCGACAUUACGGAGUUUUAUCUGCGAGCUGAGUCCCCCUCCGGCGGGUCAAUUGAAAAACAGACAGCUUUGCAAUCAGACAACUAGUCACGGAUUUGACGGCGCUGUACAAAGUGGGCUAAGAUGUCUCUGGCCUUGUCAUUGGCUAUUCUGGUGACGACGUUUGUGGCCUGUAAAGUGGCAAGACUGCUACUGAAGUCUGCAGUGUCGCCGACAGUUUACGGGUUUAUCAACGAAGCGAUCUCAGCGUUCCAGGUGUCGUUCUGCGUCGCCGAAAACGACUUCAUCGCCACAAACUAUGGCAUGUACGCGGCCGCAACUAUCCUACCAUUCCUCAUCGUUUCUUACGCCUUCUCCUUCGACGGAGCCAAGACGAACCCUUGUGGAGUCUUCGAGGACUUUCUGUCCGGUAAAAACAAGUUGGUGUGCCUUGGAAAGCUGGUGUUACAACUUGUGGGUGCCACGCUGGCUCCCAAGGCGGCGUAUUUGUUAUGGACCAUAGAGCUGAGUCCGGCUCACGCCCUCAAGGCGCAACAAGACGUCUGUGUCUCGGUGUUAAACACUGGAAUGGCCGCAGGAAUGUUCGCAGAGGGCCUGGCCACAUUCCUGACCAGAUGGGGCAGUUGGAAGUUGCGAGAUUUCGGGGUGAACUAUGACAUAUAUCUGGGGGCGGCGCUGUCUACCUGUGUCGUGCUAGCAGGUGCCAGUUGGACCGGUAUGAUGUUCAACCCCGCCCUGGCCGUGUCCAUGACGUACGGAUGUAAGGGAGAGUCCAUUAUCGAUCACGUGGUGGUGUACUGGAUCGGCCCUCUCAUCGCCACCGCCCUCUCCUACUUCCUACACUUCGGAACCGUCCCCGUCCUCCAAGCCGAAAAGGUCAAGACCACAUAAGAAGAUAGAUGGAGAGACUUAAAGGAAAAGAAAAUUCUUACGCCGUCAGUGAUUGAGUAGAAGAUGGUUUAUGAAACAUCACAACUGAGAUUACAAAAUUUUACACUUUCAUAAAAAGGAAUUCAAACCGGUAUGUCGCACAAGUCAUGCAGAGAUAAAGUACAUGUCUUCCACGGUUUACAAUUCUGUCAAGGAACAUCUAAGACUGGUCUUAGUGAUUGACUUAACUUGAUAACAUACAUAUUUCAACUCAGAAAUGCAUGCAUGUGACUGUUUUAUCUCAUUGUAAUUAAUGCAUGAUAUUUAAUGGAUUUCGUAAAUAAUUCUAUUUGGUAAAUAACAUUUUUCGUAGCAACAAACCUUGGGAAAAACAGAACUAUGCAAGUGUUUUAAUUAGAUGCUCAUGCCGCAAGUGCAAAUGGCAAUGAAUCAAACUUCUCUGUUAUUUUGGGUGUUGGGAUGGUGAUCAUGGGCGGAUUACAGUAUAUAUCUGAUGUAUACCUCACAAGUACGAUGUUUGAAAUAAUGGUGAUGAUGGUACAAAAUAAACAACAUCUGACACAUCAA